AUGGACUUCAACAAUUGGAACCUCUUCUGGAGUUUGUGCUUUGGGCUGUUGUCCUUUCUAAUCAUCGUUGGAAAUGCUCUAUCCAUAUCAAUACUUUUCAAGAGAAGGCUACGAAAGCGUCCUCACUUCUUGUUAAUAAGCUUGGCUUUCUCUGAUCUCUUGGUUGGAUUAAUCCCAAUGCCACUUUACAUUAUCAUUCAAUACUCACGAUAUCGAAUUCUUUCUUUAGUUUACAUUCGCGUGGAUAUCUUUGCGGGCUUAAAGGGAACCUCCACUUCAACAAAAAGAUAACUUUAAAUCACAGGAAAUAACUGUUACAGUCAAGUCAAUCUAAAAUAUUUUUAAAGAAAGCGUUUGUAUCCGAAAGAAAUAACUUUUAGAUUGGCCUAAUUUUGUUUUCAAAUUUUGCGGGCGUCGCCAUCUUGAAUAAUUGUGACGUGUAAUGGUUGCCCUAUUGUUAUUAAACAAAAGCUCUUUGUGUCAGAACAAUAGAGCAACCGUAACACGUCACAAUUAUUCAAGAUGGCGGCGCCCGCGAAAUUUGAAAGUGAAAAUAAGCGAUUUUAAAAUUCACUUUUCCUGAUAUAAACACUUUUUUUAAGACAAAUUUCGAACAAAUUUGUUUAUCAACAUAAUUUUAUUCGAUUUAAACUUAUUCUGUAGUAAGAGUGGAGGUUCCCUUUAAGCUCGGUCUUCACGCAGCUAUGCGAUUGCCAUAGCAACCCCAUGGAUUUUCUCCCUUAUUGUGUCGUUAUCUUAUUUGCUCUCAGUUUUUUCCGUUAUAACCUUCCUUCAGUUCUUUUCAGGGAUAAUUAUUAGUUUGUCAACAUCUUUGUUGGUAACGUGCAUCUCCUAUUGCAUCAUUUGGAGGAAGCAAGUUUCUAGAAUUCCCAAUGAAGCUCAAACAACAAAGAAUAUUCACUUAAAUGGGACGCUGCUACUGAUAACCGCAAUAUUUGUUCUGUCAUGGUUGCCUUUUCAAGUUUUAGCAGCUGUUCUUAAUUUCUGCAUCUCGUGUAAUUCAAACAAAACUCUGAUAAUUUUACAUGUUAUUAAGCUUCUUCAGUAUAGCAAUUCCUUUAUGAAUUUUCUAGUUUAUUGUUUCAGAAUGCCAGAUUACAGAAAAGCGCUUUCACGAAUGUUUGCCAAACGUAGAUGCAGUCGCUAG